AUGAGCUCCGUUGUCUUGUUCUGCGUCCUGGUUGCCCUCGCGACGAACUUUCCUGCGUCUGUGAGCGCCAUCGACGUCAGCGUCCUCGGCGUGCCGGGCACCUUCCACGUCCCUUCAGGCGUCAGUUGCGGGGGCAGCGACCUCACUCGCAUUGGCGCCUGUCCAGGCCCGCAACCUCGUCUCGAGUUCGGGUCGUGCUGCCAAGCGCUGCCCAACCGCCCUCUUCUCGUGCUGGGGUGCGUCCCGCGACUGGCGGCCACGAGUGGUGUCCACGACCCCGGAAAGGCCAGUUUCCACCACCCCAGAAAGCACAAGUACUAG